UUCAAUUUUGAUAUCUCCACCUCUUCCCUUUUCUCUUAGCUCCACAAAACCAAACAUGUCAACAAAAACCAUCCUAAAAUUCUUCACAAUGAUUGCAUUCAUGGCAAAUUCAUUUCAAGAAAACAUAUUCAAGAUUCUUCAUAAACUCUACAACAAUAAUCAUUUCUAUGUUGGUAAUUCAAUGAAGGAAAUAGAUCAAAGUGAAAGUGAAUGUUGUUCAGUUUGUUUAAGCCAAAUGUGUAAAGGAGAAAAAGUUAGAUUAUUACCUUUAUGUAAUCAUAGAUAUCAUUCUGAUUGUAUUGGUGUUUGGUUGAAGAAUAAUACUACAUGUCCUCUUUGUAGAAGCAAAAUCAUUGACCAUAGUAUUAAUCAGAAUCAGCAAAAACAGGUUAAGCCUUUUGGAGAAUCUAUGGUUGGUCUUAUACAAAGUUUCUCUGAUGUAAUUGUAGCUAUUCUUUAUAUGAUUCUUCCUUCUAGUAUCACUGAAAGUUUCCCUAUUGUUCAUUGAUGCUUUUUUGUUCAUAAUUUCACAUAGUUUAUGUAAUAUGCAGAUUAGUUAAUCAAUCAGAAUUAGUCUUAUUCAUGCCUCAA